UUUCAAUAUUUUUAGGGAUUUUAAUUUACUUUCACUAUUAUAACCUAGACAUGGCAUUCGUCGGUCAAUUAAAAACUGCGGACGGGGAAAUUUUGGCGGUUGAUGGUCUUAAGGAAAAGCUAGACGCUGCCUGGAACCAUGGAAUUAGCAAAAUUAUUUUGCCUCGUAACAUGGAAAAACAGGUCAAACUGCUAGGAGAAUGGGUUCAGCAGGGGUUCAACUUGAUAUAUAUUAAUUCUUUUUUCGAUGCGGUCAAAUAUUUGUUUCCCGUAAGAUUAUAA